AUGGCGUCCAUAGGAAGAGUUGCCUCGUACACGCCCUCGGAAUACUCAGAAUCACCACAAAAACGAGAUGAGCAGCCCAGACGGUCGUCGCCGAGUUCGGACGUAGAGGGGGAAGUCGCAUCUCCCCGCGAGGCCAAUACAGAAGGAGUAUCCGAACAAACAAGGGAAGCCGAACAGCUACUAAUUCGCCAUUCGAGCGGCAGUCAGAGUCUGGCUUCUGAUCAUGGCCUCGAUUUCGGCAUCUCGCCAUCGGCAGAGCGCUCCUCCUCGCCGUUACCCUUCGCGUCCAUUGUCCCUUCGCCGCUAGCAAACUCCAGAUCAGCGAGCGAUGGAAGCUCAGAAGGGAAUGAGGUGCACUCGAGUGAUGAGACCCAGACCAAGAAGAGUCGGCCGCGCACCACGGAAGGCCGUCUUCACUUGCACCUUCCGCCCCGGACUCACCUGAGAACACCAAAGGCGAGGAGCACGACAGACUUGUCAAGCCAAGCACCUCGCUCUCCUGGUACCCCACUCACCUUACAAGAUUUGGGAACGGACUAUACUCGCUAUUUCAAUCCUUUCUCAGACGCCGCCAGCACUCCCAGCCGUAGUCAGAGGACUUCCUUGUCAGAACGGCGGUCUUACAGCAAACUGGGCGUGGACUCGCGCACUGCCACUCCGCCACCGGGAAUGCCACUGCUCAGUCCGUCUCUUUCACCCAAUCACUCUGCGACGGCAUUCAAUGAGAGCGUCCAUGAGCUGUACGACACAAAGACGAAUGUAUCCUUCAUUGACGAUAGAUUAACGGCACCAUACGAGGAGAAGGGGAUGGCAUCCUGGCCACUGAUAUGCGAUCAAGAGGAAGCUGACGAUGAAAUGCACAUGCCUCGCGAUGAUGAUGACAUCAAGUUCAAACCCAGGAUCCGCGACCACUUCACAAGAGACAGCAUCGUCUCCACCAUCGGCUUAGCGUUUAUGAUGUGCGGGCUAUCAUUCAUAUUUGUCGGGCUUCCGGUACUCUCUGCUGUAGGGAUCAUCGAUUACAACUCAGCCUACAGCAUACCGUUGAGUAGGUUUCCUAAUCCAUGGAGACCUCAGAUCUGGGCAACAGUCAACAAUAAAAGAUACCCACUACUAGAGAAUAUACGUACAGGCCUAAUUGACCCAGACACACCCGACUCCGUAAAGACAAGGACCGGAGAGUUUGGUGACGAGUAUGUGCUAGUCUUCAGCGACGAGUUCAAUGACAACAAUCGCACUUUCUACGAAGGAGACGAUCCGUAUUUCUAUGCACCCAACGUCUGGUAUGGCGCGACGCAGGAUAUUGAAUGGUACGACCCAGAUGCUGUCACCACCCACGAUGGUACACUUCAGCUGCGCUUAGAAGAGUUUUUUAAUCACGGCCUCAAAUUUCGGUCGGGUAUGUUGAACAGUUGGAACCAGCUGUGCUUCAAAGGCGGCAUCUUCGAAGUUUCGGUGUCGCUACCCGGUCCAGCUGGUGUGCAAGGGCUUUGGCCUGGUGCGUGGACGAUGGGUAAUCUCGGUCGACCAGGUUACUUGAGUACAACUGACGGCCUGUGGCCCUAUACCUACCAGUCUUGCGACGUUGGCAUCACACCCAACCAGUCGAGUCCUGACGGAUUGUCUCACCUGCCUGGACAACGGUUGAAUUCAUGCACCUGCCCGGGCGAGGAUCAUCCAACACCAGGGACUGGAAGAGGGGCGCCGGAGAUCGACAUCAUUGAGGUGGGUGCUACAUCGGGCUAUCCCGGUCCAAAUGGUCUUCCUAUAGCAACACAAAGUUACCAGGUUGCGCCAUUCGAUAUCUGGUACUAUCCGAACUACAACUACACGGCGUUUCCGGAUCUUCGCUACAGUGGAUUCAACACCUAUACUGGCGGUGCCUUCCAACAGGCCAUCUCUGCCACCACGAUAUUGAACAAGAACUGGUUCGACAAUAAGCAGUAUCAGCGGUUCUCAUUCGAGUAUGUGCCAGGAGAAGGCAAAGAUGCUUAUAUAUCGUGGAAAGUGGGCGACCAGACAAUGUUUAUCAUAGACGGGCGUGCUAUAGGACCGAACGGCAACAUCCAAGCCCGACAAAUCGCACAAGAACCAUUAUCACUCAUUCUCAACAUGGGCCUCAGUAAUUCAUGGACCUGGAUCGACUGGAAGAAUCUCGUAUUUCCCGCUACCAUUCGUUUCGACUACGUGAGGUGGUAUCAGAAGAAAGGCGAGGAGAUGGUUACGUGCGAUCCCCCAGGCUUCGAGACUACGGAAUACAUUAAAAAACAUCCGAGAGCUUACAACAAUCCUAACUUUACUUCAUGGGAUCAAACUGGCUACGACUGGCCAAAGCAUAAGCUCAACAGCGAAUGCUGA